AUGUUACUUGAUAACAUUAAAGUAUGUAGCAAAUAUAUUUUUUAAGGUUGGCAUUCGUAUUCGACCUUUCAUCAAUAGAGAGUUGGAAAUCUCUGAUAUCACAACUCUCUUAGUUUUGGAUUAAUAGACCAUAUCUACUAUUCCUCCUAUAGAGGCUGGAAUCAAAUAGAACUAAAAAACAUAUAAAUUUGAUUGGGUUUUUGAUAGAAUGAUAUCUCAAAAAGAAAUAUUUGAAACCACACUUGAAUAUUAAGUUCUCUCAGUACUUGAUGGCAUUAAUUUUACUAUUAUGAGUUAUGGAGCUUCAGGAUCUGGUAAAUCACAUACGUAAUAUUAUUCUUUUAUUCUAGACUAGUGAAGUAAGCUGAAGAUUAUGGAUUACUUAUUCGUUCCAUCAAUAAGAUCUUUUAAACAAUCUAAAAUUAGAAAAGAUAGAUUCUUAUCAAAUUUUCUUAUCUGGAAAUCUCUUAAGAGUAACUCUUUGAUUUACUAAAUAAUAUGAAUACUAAUCUAGAUAUUAGAGAUGAUUAAGAAAAAGGUGUUGUUAUUCAUGGAAUUAAAGAAAUCGAAAUUGCUACCACAUAGGAGUUAAUUUAACUUAUUCAAAUUGCUAAAAAGUAAAAAUCCCUCAAAUAACAUGAAAUACUCAUCUUCUCACUUUACAUUUAAGAUCAUCCACAAGCAUAACUAGUUGUUUCUAAGUUGAUUUUUGCAGAUCUAGGUUGGGUUGAAAGGGGAGCUUAAAAGAAAAAAAAUAUUUCUUUGUAGGUUCUUAAUAAUUGUAUAUCUCUUCUAUAUGAAGCAAAGAAAAAAAAUAUUCAAACUUUUAUUCCAUACAGAAAUAGUAAAUUAACUCGUUUGUUAAAAGAAUCAUUAGGAGGUAAUUCUAAAACUCUCAUUAUUUCUUGUGUAAGUCCUGCUAUACUUGGAUAUGAAGACACUCUUCAAACACUUGAAUAUAGUCAAAUGGCUACACAGAUUACUAAUUAGACUUAAAUUAAAAUAUUCUCUUAAAAUGAACAAUAAUAAAUGUUAGAGUAAACUAAUAAUGAUUUAAUUAAUUAAAAUGAAGAAUUAAAAAAAUAAUUAAAUAAACAAGUUUUAAAAUAAAAAUAAAAUGAAAAUAUUGAAAUCCAACAACUAGAAAAUAAUAUAAUUCAACAUUUUAAUUAAGAAUCUUAAACUUAUGAAAAUAUAUGUAAAAUCUAACUAGAAUUAGAAUAAAUUAAAUUUAAAAUCAAAGAAAAAUAACAACUUUUAGAUCAAAUUCAAUAAACAGAGAGAAAAAAGUAUAUAUAGUUGAGAGAUGAAAUUUAGACUGAUUAAGAACAAGUUGAAAUUUAAGAAAAUGAAAUAAAAAAGCUAUAAAAAUAAAUUAGUGAUUUCAAUUUUCAAAGAAAAGCAUUAUAAGAUGUAAUAACAUCUUUAUUCAUUAUAGAAUAUCAAAUAAAAUGAUUUAGUUGAUGUUGAUAAACUAUAUCUCAAUAAUCUAAUUGAAAAAUAUAUACUAAAAAUUCAAUUAUAAGAAAUUAAAACAAAGGAAAUGAUCUAUAACCUGCAUUCACAAGAACAAGAAAAAAUGCUUUCCCUUCAAAAUAAUUAAAUCACAUUAAGAGAUCGUAUCAUUGAAGAAUAAAGAAAACAAAUUGCUUAAAAUUAAAAAUUAAAUUAAACUAAACGUUAUACCAAAAGUGAUGCAAAUAAUUAAAUAAUGACAAGUUCAAAAUCAACAUUCAAACCAAAUCCAAUUGUAAGUCUUCCAAAAGUUUCUGGUAUUAUAUUAUUUAACAUUUUUAGAAAAGUAUCAAGAACCUUAUUUGUACACAUCAAGAUAGUUAUAAACACCGAAAUUAUAAACUCCAAUAAAGAAUUUAAGAUCAAAUUCUAAAUCAAAAUCAAAAUCAACAGAAAAAUUCAAAAAUAAAAAACCAAAUAAAAAUAUAAUUGAUAAUUUAUCAACACCAUCAAUUCAUAAAUAUAGUGCAUUAGAUAGAGCAACUCCUUCGAAAUUAAUUGAUUCAAAAUCAAUGGUUUCACUUCCACUUAUUUAAUCGAAUAGAAGUGUAACAAAAUUUGUUUAUGACUGGAAGUGUGGUGGUUAUAAAUUUAUAGAAGAUUAAACAAUAUUAACUUCAUCAAGACAAACGUAAUAAUAAAAAUAAAUUCCAAAUGACUCAGACAAAUCUUUUAUAAUAAAUUCUAGUAGAGGUAAAUUAAGAUCUUUUUAAUAAUAGGAUCUUCUGUCUAAAAGAAUUAUGUUAAAUCAAGUCUUCUAUUACCUGGCAAAGUGAAUGAGUCACUUUAUGUAAAAGGUUUCAUUAAUAAAGAAAUAGAAAUGAAGAUUAAAUUGCAUUAAUUAAACUUAAAAAUGAAGAAAGAUUCCAAAAAAAAAUGA